GAGAGAGAGAGCGAGAGAGAGAGAGCGAGAGAGAGAGAGAGCGAGAGAGAGAGAGAGAGAGAGAUGCAUCAGAUUCAGGAAGCAAGAGGUUUCAAGCGUAGGAAUGUUACUGUGUGAAGAUGAAGAGGUGGUUUUACAAUGAUUAAAAGACAUGGAUCUUAGAAAUAUGUCAAAUAAAAGACAUCAUGAUUGAAAGUAUCACUAAGGAUGCUGUUGGAUUGGUCUGCUCGUGAGAGAAUGGUAGUUUUAUUGACGAUUUGUCAAGAUGUUUUCAGCUCUGAAGAAGCUAGUUGGUUCUGAACCAGGACAGCUGAAAGACAAGAACAUUCCCCCUGGCCUGCAGUCCAUGAACCAGAGUUUACAGAGACGCUUUGCAAAAGGGGUUCAGUAUAAUAUGAAAAUAGUUAUCAGAGGAGAUCGAAAUACUGGCAAAAGUACUUUAUGGCAUCGAUUGCAGGGAAAGAAGUUCUUGGAGGACUACAUACCAACUCAGGAAAUCCAAGCCACCAGUAUUCACUGGAACUACAAAACUACUGAUGAUGUGGUCAAGGUGGAGGUUUGGGACGUGGUGGAUAAAGGAAAGGGUAAAAAACUUGGAGAGAAUUUAAAACUGGAGAAUGAGCCCCAACAGUCUGAUGAGGUGGCCUUGGACGCAGAGUUCCUUGAUGUUUACAAGAACUGCAACGGAGUCAUCAUGAUGUUUGACAUCACUAAACAAUGGACAUUCGAUUACAUCUCAAGGGAACUGCCGAAGGUGCCCACUCAUGUGCCAGUCUGUGUCCUGGGUAACCACAGGGACAUGGGCGAGCAUCGCGUCAUCUUGCCCGAUGACAUCAGAGAAUUUAUUGACGGUCUCAACAGACCCCUUGGCGCCUCUUACAUUCACUAUGCCGAGUCGUCAAUGAAAAACGGAUUUGGCUUGAAAUAUCUGCACCGAUUUUUCAAUAUUCCUUUCCUACAGCUUCAGAGGGAGACACUACUGAGGCAGCUGGAGACCAACCAGCUAGACAUGGAUGCCACUCUGGAGGAGCUCUCUGUACAGCAGGAGACAGAAGACCAAAACUAUGAUAUUUUCCUGGAUAACAUAGAAUCCCGCAGCAAAGGUUAUGGUUCUCCAGGUCCUGCUAACGGACAGAGCCCCUCAUCGGGCUCUCAGUCCCCCAUUGUCCCCCCCAGCAGGGCCUCUACUGGAAGCUCCAGCCCCGGGACUCCCCAGCCACCCAUCCCUCCCCAGGCCCUGAAGUCCCCAUCUCCGUGUCCCUCCCCUCCGCCCCCAGCCACGGCUAGCAUCACUGCCUUGCCAGUCACCGAACCACAGUCCCCCAAGCAUCCAGAAUACUCCGCCUCCCCUCCACCUUCUGCCCUCCCUCCACCUUCCGCCCCCACUGCUUCUGCUCCUGCCCCCGAGAAACGUGGCUUCAUCUCCCGCCUCUUCGGCUCUUCCACCGCACCAGAGGUCCCGGCAGCAGCCACUGUGUCAGAUUCACCAGUCUAUCUGUGCCCUGCCAAGGUUGUGAGUGUGGAUGACUUUGUGCCUGAUGAAGGUCUAGAUAAAACCUUCCUGGAAGAUAGUCUACCCUCAAAGGCCAAGAUCCCACAACCAUCCACUGCAGUAGACAGUGAUGGUGAUGGAGAGGACAGAGGGAACCCCAUGGUUGCGUGUGACCAGGAUGAGCUGGACCUGGAUGACAAGGAGCCCCCCCUCCCCCAGCCUAACCCCCUCAAGCCCAGGGAUAACCUCACCCUCUCCAGUGACGAAGGGGAUGCUGAGCCUGCUCCUGCUGUUACGCAGGACGAAGACUUGGAUAGCGAUGCCGAACUGACUGUGUCCAUGGUUCAGUCAGACACACCUCAGAUGGUGGUGGAUGCCCUAGAGCUGAGCCCUCCCUCCCAGCUCCACGUGACUCCUGUCCACCAGGAAGUAGCGCCAGUGACCUAUACGCAGCCCUCCGACCGACCCAUAAGGACAAAACAGGAAGGAGCUGCGCAGGCGGAUGAUUCCGACACCGACCCAGAGUCCCCGAUCGCCAAGCAGAUGCUCUCCUUUGUCCUGGAUGACCCUGACUUUGAUUCUGAGUGCUCAGACACCCCUAAGAUUGAGAAGGAUUUGUUUCCGGUAAGAGAUGUACUGCUGUCUGACCUAUCCGACGAUGACAGUGCGUCUCUCAAGGUUCCAGAACCUCCGAAUCCGGCGGUGUUGUCUUUCAAACAGAAGAACAACUCAGACCUAUUCGGCCUGGGCAUUCAGGAAGAGCCUACGCGAGCCAAGGAGAGCUGCAAGGAGCAGGAAGAGAAAGAAGGAAAAAACUCCUCAAAAGAAAAGAAGAAAAAGAAGAAAAGCAAAGAGGAGGAGGACAAGAGCAGCAAGAAGAAGCAUAAACAUAAAAAAAAAGAGAAGGAAGAGACCGAAGCAGGAGACGAGAAAGUGAAGAAGAAGAAAUCCCGGCCUAAGAGAACUACGGUGGAUAACUUGGAGGACUUCUUGGGAGGAGGGGAGGGGUCAGCUAACCGAGAGGGCGGUGAUUACGAAGAACUCUAAACUCCACUGUCCCGUUUCAAACUGGGCUGUGAGGAACUGUUGGUCCCAGGUGGAAACGUUUGGUUCUGUUAAUUAAACCAUAUCAGUUGUGCACAAACAUAAUCCACCAGUCAUACACAAGGUUCCCUAUAGUCUGGCAAGCUCCAUUAGACUGUGGUGCCUGUAUGUUGCAGUUGUUAUCUUUUGUGAUGGGGGGGGGGUGGAGUAUAUUAAAUUUGUUUCCCUUACUUUUUCUGUACGUAUAGUUGCCCACCAUUUAUUUUCUGUUAUAAUCCAGUAUGCUUUGAAUGUAUACCACUCCAAAUGGGAUUGGUAGGAAGUCCCUUUUGUUGUAUGUUUGUUGUAAUAUUUUCUGGAAAGCGUGCUCUUGUGAUAGCAUAGCUAUUAAGAGGGACUGCAGAUGUGUGUAUUUCUGAGUUAAGAUUGUCUUCUUGUGUUUGGCCUACAGGUAUCCUAUUUGGGGAUUGGCAUAAGUUGUACAGCUUUAUUUUGCAAGGUUGUAUUGACUGAACAUUAAUGAUCCUUAUUGUAAUUUGCAAAGACAACAAAUCCUGCAAUGCACUAUUUACAGGAACUUUGACUACUGUUGAACUUUCUUCCCCUUAAUAUUUUGUGUGUUUACAUCAGGUGCCUUAAAAUAAGUCACUUGUUAAGGAAAGCUUGCGCCUGUCAUCGUUUUCAAUGUCAAAUGUAUAGACUGUAUCAUGUGCAUUAAGCUGGCCAGUUGUAUUUUAAGGUGGAUGACAUGGAUGUUUUGUGGGUCCUGAGGUCAUGCCAGCACUGCACUAAAAUCAUGCUAGGGGUCAACAAGGUAAUAUCAAGGCACUGACAGUGAUUUUUUGUUUUUUUCUGGCAUUUAGUUUUAGUCUAAAUUCCAUAACACACAUUGAACUUCCUUCCUCUGACUCUUGUCGCUAACACUACUACUACUGCACCUUUGUUGAAAUAGCCUUCCUUCCUCUGACUCUUGUCGCUAACACUACUACUACUGCACCUUUGUUGAAAUAGCCGUUUAGUCCAUGCUUGAAAUAGCAUGGACUAAACGGUCCUAUUUUCCAGCAAGUAUGUUAAGUCAGACUGGCAAGAUGUAGUAUAUAGUUAGAGCAUUCCUAGACUGUCACCCUCACCAAAAAAUGUCCAGUUCCAAGUUGUUCUUUGGACUUGUAAAUAAGGGGAUGAUGUGUUGGAUUACAGCGUGGUAAUCUUACCCACACAGAUGUAUUUUGUGAUCCGAUGUGAUUGUUUUGGAAUGUUAUGCCUCUCAUUGCCUCCAGGUUUCAAGAGAUUACUUAUGUACGCUAACUAGCUACUUCAAGUUAACUUGAUGCAUUGCGUCUGGUAAAAGCUUAUUUACCACUAUCUGUUGAACAAAGACAAGGACUACCACACUACUCUGUUGUAAAUGAUACCCUUGAAUUUACUUUGUUUAAGCUGUCUGCUUAAACAUGAACAGGUCAAAAUGCAUAUUCAUAUUCAGGAACAAACAGGAUUUAUUUAAUCAUCAAUACUACAUAAAAACUAUUCUGAGUGUCAUGUCCAAAGCAGCAAGUUCAUGAAUCUGCUUUGGACAUGACACUCAGAAUUGUUUUAUAUAAGAUUGUAUAAUUGGAUGUUUUCAGGAAACUAUGCAUUGAUCUUAAACACUGUAUGAUCUGUACUGCACUUGUCAUGCACAGGUUGGAGAAUGGCAAAAAGCAAGUUCCCAUGUAAAGCAUGAGACUUAUAAUGUACAGUAAGAAAUGAAUGCAAAAAACAGAUUGAUGCUUUAUUUUCUCCCAAAUAAAUAUUUCCUUCUUCAUACUUUAUUUAAGUAAGUUUGUGUUUGGUUGGUCCAAUAAAAGCAAGAAAAUUAUUUCUUCA